GGCCGGCCACCGCCUCCCUGCGCUCCCGGGGAGCAGCCGACCCCUCGCUGCUGCGUCCACCUCCUGGCGCGUGGUUGGUAGGAGAAGAUCGGAGCUGUUUUCUUUUUCUUUGAUGCUAAGAUACGCCAGGCCAGGAGCACGCUUCCCUUUCCAAAGCCAGAUACAGCAAUCCGUGGUGGGAACGAGGAUCCAAACCCUCCUGCAGCCCAGGCCACUGGCUGUGGUCUGUGGUCUUGGCCUGUGUGGGCCUCUGAGUACCAUCAAAGUGUCCAGGAACAGGGGGGAGUUGUGGCAUGGGCCACCCCACUGGCCAUCCUCGGUCACCCUGUUGCUGAAGCUGUCCUACUUAUGUGUGCCCAGGCCAUGGGGCCCAGAGCCUGCCAGGGCUGAAUGCAGCCUGUUGUUCAUGGGUCUCUAGGCCUUUCCAAGAUGCCUGGGAAGCGAGGCCGGGGCUGGUGGUGGGCCCGACUGCCCCUCUGCCUGAUCCUCAGCCUUUAUGGCCCCUGGGUGCCUUCAUCCCUGGGGAAGCCCAAGGGUCACCCCCACAUGAAUUCCAUCCGAAUUGAUGGGGACAUCACGCUGGGAGGCCUGUUCCCUGUGCACGGCCGGGGCUCUGAGGGCAAGGCCUGCGGGGAGCUGAAGAAGGAGAAGGGCAUUCAUCGGCUGGAGGCCAUGCUGUUCGCUCUGGACCGCAUCAACAAUGAUCCGGACCUGCUGCCCAACAUCACGCUGGGCGCCCGCAUUCUGGACACCUGCUCCAGGGACACCCAUGCCCUGGAGCAGUCCCUGACCUUUGUGCAGGCGCUCAUCGAGAAGGACGGCACAGAGGUCCGCUGCGGCAGUGGUGGCCCACCCAUCAUCACCAAGCCGGAACGUGUGGUGGGUGUUAUUGGAGCUUCUGGGAGCUCUGUCUCCAUUAUGGUUGCCAACAUCCUCCGCCUCUUCAAGAUCCCCCAGAUCAGCUACGCCUCCACAGCCCCUGACCUGAGCGACAACAGCCGUUAUGACUUCUUCUCCCGCGUGGUGCCCUCAGACACAUACCAGGCCCAGGCUAUGGUGGACAUCGUCCGUGCCCUCAAGUGGAACUAUGUGUCCACGCUGGCCUCGGAGGGCAGCUAUGGCGAGAGUGGAGUGGAGGCUUUCAUCCAGAAAUCACGAGAGGAUGGAGGCGUGUGCAUUGCCCAAUCAGUGAAGAUUCCUCGGGAGCCCAAGACUGGCGAGUUUGACAAGAUCAUCAAACGCCUAUUAGAGACAUCCAAUGCCAGGGCUAUCAUCAUCUUUGCCAACGAGGAUGACAUCAGGCGGGUGCUGGAGGCCGCACGCAGGGCCAACCAGACAGGCCACUUCUUCUGGAUGGGUUCUGACAGCUGGGGCUCCAAGAGCGCCCCUGUCCUGCGCCUGGAGGAGGUGGCUGAGGGCGCUGUUACGAUACUCCCCAAGAGGAUGUCUGUGCGAGGUUUCGACCGCUACUUCUCCAGCCGGACGCUGGACAACAACCGGCGCAACAUCUGGUUUGCUGAGUUCUGGGAGGACAACUUCCACUGCAAGCUGAGCCGGCACGCACUCAAGAAGGGAAGCCACAUCAAGAAGUGCACCAACCGAGAGCGCAUCGGGCAGGACUCGGCCUAUGAGCAGGAGGGGAAGGUGCAGUUUGUGAUUGACGCUGUGUACGCCAUGGGCCAUGCACUGCAUGCCAUGCACCGAGACCUGUGUCCAGGCCGCGUGGGGCUGUGCCCCCGCAUGGACCCUGUUGAUGGCACCCAGCUGCUUAAGUACAUCCGAAACGUCAACUUCUCAGGUAUUGCAGGGAACCCUGUGACCUUCAAUGAGAAUGGGGAUGCACCUGGGCGUUAUGACAUCUACCAGUACCAGCUGCGAAAUGGCUCUGCUGAAUACAAGGUCAUUGGCUCCUGGACGGACCACCUGCACCUCAGAAUAGAGCGGAUGCAGUGGCCAGGGAGUGGGCAGCAGCUGCCCCGCUCCAUCUGCAGCCUGCCCUGCCAGCCAGGCGAGCGGAAGAAGACAGUGAAGGGCAUGGCUUGCUGCUGGCAUUGUGAGCCCUGCACAGGGUACCAGUACCAGGUAGACCGCUACACCUGUAAGACCUGCCCCUACGACAUGCGGCCCACAGAGAACCGCACCGGCUGCCGGCCCAUCCCCAUCAUCAAACUGGAGUGGGACUCGCCCUGGGCUGUGCUGCCCCUCUUCCUGGCUGUGGUGGGCAUCGCUGCCACACUGUUUGUGGUGGUCACUUUUGUGCGCUACAAUGACACGCCCAUUGUCAAGGCCUCAGGCCGAGAGCUGAGCUACGUGCUGCUGGCGGGCAUCUUCCUGUGCUAUGCUACCACCUUCCUCAUGAUUGCUGAGCCGGACCUGGGGACCUGCUCACUCCGUCGCAUCUUCCUGGGGCUGGGCAUGAGUAUCAGCUAUGCAGCCCUGCUCACCAAGACCAACCGCAUCUACCGCAUCUUCGAACAGGGCAAGCGGUCUGUCAGCGCCCCACGCUUCAUCAGCCCGGCCUCACAGCUGGCCAUCACUUUCAGUCUCAUCUCCCUGCAGCUGCUCGGCAUCUGCGUGUGGUUUGUGGUGGACCCCUCCCACUCGGUGGUGGACUUCCAGGACCAGCGGACGCUCGACCCCCGCUUCGCUAGGGGCGUGCUCAAGUGUGACAUCUCGGACCUGUCCCUCAUCUGCCUGCUGGGCUACAGCAUGCUGCUCAUGGUCACGUGCACUGUGUACGCCAUCAAGACUCGAGGUGUGCCCGAGACCUUCAAUGAGGCCAAGCCCAUUGGCUUCACUAUGUAUACCACCUGCAUCGUCUGGCUUGCCUUCAUCCCCAUUUUCUUUGGCACCUCACAGUCGGCCGACAAGCUGUACAUCCAGACGACCACGCUGACGGUCUCGGUGAGUUUGAGCGCCUCAGUGUCCCUGGGAAUGCUCUACAUGCCCAAAGUCUACAUCAUCCUCUUCCACCCGGAGCAGAACGUGUCCAAGCGCAAGCGCAGUCUCAAAGCUGUGGUCACCGCUGCUACCAUGUCCAACAAGUUCACGCAGAAGGGCAACUUCCGGCCCAAUGGGGAGGCCAAGUCAGAGCUGUGUGAGAACCUUGAGGCCCCAGCAGGGCCAGAGAGAUGGAGACCCAGGACAUGGCCAGCCAGGGACAGCACUGGUCACCAAACAGACCUACGUCACCUAUACCAACCAUGCAAUCUAGCUGGGCUGCACAGCCAAGCAGGUGGAGCCAUGACCUCUGAGGAUGAUGCAUCGGGCUGGGGCCGUUCCUGAAGGCCCAGCUGACAUCCUGCCUGCCCGUGGGCACCCACGGAUAUGGCUUGGUGCUGAGGACAGUAGAGCCUCUGGCUGUCACCAAGCCAGGUGGGCCACAGGAGGAGGCUGAGGGGCCGGGGCAUCUCUGGGCCACCACACAGACCUUCCUUCUGGACCAGUGUCCCACCUGGUCCAAAACAUGGGGGCUCAUUCUUGGGAGCCCAGCGCUGGCUUCUCUCCCUCCCUCCUCCUGUCUGUCUGUCUGUCUUGUUGCCGGCCCCAGUCAGUCCCCACCUGUGUUUGCGUUCUGUCUUUCCCUUUGCAUGUGCUGUCUGUUUGGGUUCUCAAUUUCUAUAUUUUUAAUUUCUGUUCCUGCCGUCCCCCGUCCACCCUGGUCAUGCUUCCAGCUUCCAUCUGGAUGUCCCAGCCCCGCCCCAUUUUCCUUUCCUGUUCCCGUUGACUUUGUUUCUUCCAGCCUUUGCUCCGGCCCCCUCCCCACAACUCCAUCCACCAAAUCUUCCAUGUUGCAAAAGAGACAAAAAAAAAAAAAAAAAAAAAAAAAAAAA